AUGUCCGACGAGAAGCACGACGACGUCAAGUACGUCGAGAACGUCCAGUCCCCGUCCGAUGCCGCAAACGUACUCCCCGACGGCGAACUGCUCGCCGAAGACGUCCGCCCCGAGGCCGAACGUCGCCUCGUUCGCAUUCUCGACAUGCGUCUCCUGCCGACUAUCAUCCUCAUCUUCAUCAUGAACUACAUCGAUCGCGUCGCAGUCACCUCCGCCCGUCUCAAGGGUCUCGUAGAGGACCUCCACCUGACCGACAUUGAAUACUCCACGAUCCUCGCCGUGCUCUACGCGUCCUACGUGCCCGCGCAGAUCCCGUCGAACAUGAUUCUAAACCGAAUUUCCCGGCCAUCCUACUACAUCCCCGCCUGUGUUAUGGUCUGGGGGCUUACCAGUGCUCUAACCGGAGUUGCAAAGAGCUAUGGUGGCAUGGUCGCCGCGCGGAUCUUCGUCGGCAUCCCCGAAGCGGCCUUCUAUCCCGGUGCGAUAUUCCUCCUCUCGAGAUGGUACACUCGCCGGGAACUCGCCUUCCGGUCCGCAAUCCUGUACGCCGGUCUCCUCGUCUCGAAUGCGUUCGGCAGUCUCAUGGCCGCCGGCAUCCUCUCCGGCAUGGAGGGAAAGAUGGGUAUCCGCGCCUGGCGUUGGUGCGUUCUCCGACCUUUCCCACAGGGCGCGAUUACCAUUACGAUUGGAAUCUUGGCCAUCUUUCUCCUUCCCGAUUACCCUCACAACACGCGCUGGCUUAGCCCCGCCCAGCGCCGCCUCGCUCAAGUUCGGCUUGCUGAAGAUGCUGGUGAGGCCGACGAAGACGCGACGAAUGAGUCUGCAUUCACCGGGCUCAUCAUGGCGCUCAAGGACCCGAAAGUUCCGCUGUUUGCGAUUAUGACCUGCUCGCAGCUACUCGGCCUCGGUUUCGUGAACUUCUUCCCCACGAUCACCGGUACCCUCGGCUUCAACACCACCGUCACUCUUCUCCUCGCCGCCCCGCCAUGGAUUCUCGCGACCAUCGUCUGCCUGAUCAACGCUUGGCACGCCGACCGCUCUGGCGAGCGUUUCCUGCACAUCGUGCUCCCUUGGUGGGCCGUCAUCCUCGCGUACAUCAUCGGCGUGUCCACCUUUGCGACCUCGGGUCGGUACAUCGCAAUGAUGCUCAUGUGCUGCGGCUACGCCGGCUUCGCGCUCACCCUCGUCUGGGUCUCGAACGCCGUCCCGCGCCCGCCCGCAAAACGCUCCGCCGCGAUCGGCAUCGUCAACGGCUUCGGGAACAUGGGCAACCUGAUCGCCUCGUUCACCUGGAAGUCGGAGUGGGGCCCGGACUACCACCCGUCGAUGUUCAUCGGGCUCGGCGCGCUCCUGCUCGCGACCGCGCUCGCGCUCGCGAUCCGCUUCAUCCUCGUCGCCCAGAACAAGGCGCUCGAUCGCGCGGAGGCGGCGGAGGCGGCGGACCCUGCGUCGCGCGAGCGCGUGGAGGAGGCGGCGCGCCUGGAGGGCGUCACCGUCGAGGAGGCACUGCGGCGCCGGCGCGGGUUCCGGUACCUCGUCUGA